AUGGCGUUCUUCAACUUCUCCAAGAAGAACACGAUGCCCGCCGCGGAGGACCCAAUCCUGCUGCGGGAGCAAACUACGAGGGGAUCGACGGCGCCUAGCGACGAGCAAGAAAUGACGAAGACCAGCACCGUCCGCGUACUGAGCGAGUACGACGCGGACAUCCGGCCGCAGACGGCCUUCGGCUUUUCGGAGUCGAAGAAAUGGUUAAUCCUCUGUGUUAUCUUCGUGGUCCAAAUCUCUAUGAAUUUUAAUGCGAGCGUAUACGGCAUGGCUGUUGAUGGAAUGGUAGACGAGUACGGCAUAACCCAUCAAAAAGCACGUUGCGGACAGAUGGUGUUCCUGAUCGCUUACGCUUUUGGGUGCGAGCUAUGGGCGCCCUGGUCAGAAGAGAAGGGCCGAUGGAUUGUCCUCCAGCUCAGUCUCUUCUUCGUCAACGUCUGGCAGAUCCCAGCUGCCCUGUCUACGAACUUCGGCACAGUCAUGAUCGCAAGGUUCCUCGGUGGUCUUUCCUCGGCUGGUGGCUCCGUCACGCUAGGUAUCGUGGCCGACAUGUGGGAGCCUGAGAAGCAGCAGGGCGCUGUCAACUUUGUCGUCUUGGCUUCGGUUGCCGGUUCCGUGGUUGGUCCUGUCGUGGGUGGCUUCGUCGCCUACAAUGCAGACUGGCGUUGGAUCUUCUGGAUCCAGCUGAUCUUUGGAGCCGUCACUCAAGCGUUGCAUUUCUUCACGCCCGAGACCAGGACCUCCUUGAUGUUGGAGAGAGUUGCCAAGACGAUGCCGAACGCAACGGUACCCGAUGAGGACAAGGGCUCCAUGACCAUCAAAGGUGUCGCUAAGAUCUGGUGGCGGCCGUUCAAGAUGUUACUCACCGAGCCGAUCGUGGCUUUCCUCUCCCUCCUCAGCGGCUUCAGCGAUGCGCUGAUCUUUACCUUCUUCGAGUCGUUCGGUCUGGUGUUUGCUCAGUGGAACUUUAACAAGUGGCAGCUGGGUCUUGCUUUCACACCGCUCAUCGUCGGUUACCUCAUUGCCUACUUCGCGUUCAUGCUCGGCUUCGCCCAGGACAAGAAGUACAAAGCCAAGCACGGCGCCGAUUCGCUCAAGCCGGAGCAUCGUCUCUGGUUGCUUCUCUUCCUUGCACCACUGGAGGCCAUUGGUAUGUUCUGGUUCGCAGGAGCAAGCCUUGGACCGCCGAUGCACUGGAUUGUUCCUCUUGUCGCCUCGAUGCUUGUCGGUAUCGCCAACUACGCCAUCUACAUGGCGACAGUCGAUUACAUGGUGGCCGCUUACGGACCCUACGCCUCUUCAGCCACCGGUGGUAACGGCUUCUGCCGUGACCUCCUCGCCGGUAUCGCGAUACUGUACGCCGUGCCCCUUUUUACAGAGGUGGGUGAAGGAUCCGGCAAGGAGUUCCUCUGGGCGUCCCUCAUUCUCGGCUUCUUGGCUAUCUGCGUCAUCGCUCCGAUCUACGUAUUUUACUUCAAUGGCGAGAAAAUCCGCGCGAACAGCAGGAUGGCGAAGAAGUUGGAAAAGAAGAGAGAGGCGGGAGAAGCCAGGAGGGCAGGCGUAGUGGGGGCUGAGAGGACCGGCGUGGUGGAGGGAGGCAAUUCGAGCAACGUCUAG